ACAAGUUUAUAACUUUUUAUGAUAUAUGUUCUUCUCUCCUUCAGACUUGAAUUUUAGACAGUAUAUGGUCAAAUUUGACUUUUUGUCCCUUUUAAUUAAUGUUGGAAGGCGUCUUCAUCGAGAAAAUGUUUUAGGGGAAAACAAUUUACAUCAAAUUAAUGAGAUUCUUUUGGCAAUUCUUCAGGCUAAACAAGUGCAUCUAUGAUUACCUUGUUAAGAGGGGGAUGCGUGAGACUGCCGAUAUAUUCGCGCGUGAAGUCGGUGAUGGAAAUCCCAUAGAUGUUGGUGCGUUUCUCACGAAGUGGUGGAAUUUGUUAUAUGAUAAGGUCAUCUCUAAUCAGUUCUCCCAAGAUCCUUUUGCUGAGGUUGCACGUACUAUGUACAAUUUGGUACAUCAAGUCCCUGAUGCUGUGCCAGCACUUUCUUCUGAUUCUGUUACACCAGUUAGCUCUCCUACGAUGACAGAAUCUUCUGAAGCAGGCUCUUCCACCGGCUCCUGCUCUGGAAUGCAGCCGACUCCCUAAUCAAAUCAAGAUCUUUCUCUUGGCAUGGAAUCAAGAAGAUUGGGAAAGAUGCUGACUUGCAGAAAGCUACAAUAGAUGAUACUGAAAAGAAAAAGGAAAGGAAAGCUACAUAUCUCAAAGAGAUGAUAUCUAGUAAGUGAAAGCAAUUCGUAUGGUGCUUUGAAGCAUAGAUGAUAUCUAAUAAGGAGUAUGCUUAUAGAGGAAUUAGAGCUUGUAGAUCUGUUAGGCUCUCUACGUCUCUUUGAUUUCCUGUCCUCAUUCUACUAGAAGCAAGAUAAUGUGUUUCCACUUUUAUCACUAGGAAAUGUUGGUUGAUAUUGGGCAAGUGUUGUUUGAUGGCACUAUGGCAGUAUGUGAGUCAACUUAUUCAUUUCAAAGGGUUGUUGAUCUGAUGUCAUUUCAGCCUCAGGUAUCAUAAGUUGGCAUUUCUCAAGAGCAUUCUCUCGGCCAAAAAAAUUGAUUCAGAUAUUUUGUUGGAUGUUAAUCCCUAUUGACACAAAGUCAAGACUAGAGGACGGCAUCAAAUGGAAUACAGAACAAAAAUGUGGCAUCAUAUGAUAUUUGUUUAUCUUGCAAAAUCAAGAGCAAAGGAUUGCAUUACAAAAGGGAUAUAAGGUACCGCAUUUUCCCUGGUUUGUGUAGCUUGAGAAAUUAAAGAAUCUGCCUUCAAAUUACAAUUGCCUUGCAAAAGUGAUUUUAACUAGAAAAGUUUAGGUAACAACUCAUCAUAGGAUUCUUGGGUUUGUUGGUGAAGCAGUUUGAAAAAAGAAACCUGCAAAAAAUCAGCCCCCUUGGAGCAGCUGAAGCAUCUGUCUUAAAAUAAGGCAAGUCCAAGUUCAGACAAGCUAUUGCAAGUAAAUUGUUCUAAUUGGACAUAUUUAGUUUGAUUUUCUUCCAUGCAGUAUAAAGAUUGAAAGUCGAUGAACAUUUUCCUGAAGCAUGUCGUUCGUAUAAGAGUGACACAAAUAGAGACUUCAUUAGGUUCUCUUGUAACUGUGCUGUCUGGGAGCUCUUCUGCUUUCUUGAAGUUGUUGUUUUUUGUUACAUUUAACAUCUUUUAUAUUUUAUGUUAAAAUUAUAUUAUAUUAUUCAUGCUCUAAUAGAUAUACACUCAUGCUUAG